AUGGAAAAUGCUUUUUACGCAUAUACCAAAAAUGCGUCUGACAUGGAUAGUAGGACUUUUGUAAAAAUCUUAAAGGACUCUAAACUGAUAGGCAAAAAAUUAACAGCCGUUGAUGCUGAUAUUACAUUCGCUAAGGUUAAAACGAAAGGAGCUAAAAGAAUUAAUUACGAUCAAUUUGUUGAGGCAGUUAAAUAUUUGAUAGAAAAACACAAAUUGGACUAUGAUAAGUUUGUAGAGACUUUAUGUUAUGAAGCAUCCAAUGGACCUAUCUUAUAUGGGACAAAAGCUGAUAAUGUAAGAUUCCACGACGACAAAUCAACUUACACAGGUGUACAUAAAUUAGGAGGUCCAACUAUUAUUGACAAAAAUAAAACUCAGUUUUCAGAUAUAUCGGAAAUUACGGAUCGUUCUGAAUGUAACAUAAGAGGAGUUAAUGUUAAUGUAGAGAAAAACGUAUAA